AUGGAGCAUUGCUACUACUGUUUCAUGGUCAUCGAGCAACGUUUCAAUCACGGACCCAGCCAACAACCUACUCCUCCUUUCAAAGACGAUGACCAAGAGUACCCGCUCUUUGUCACCUGGAACAUCUUUCCGCACAACCCUCGCAAGUCUUCCUCUUCCCCAACGCCUCGUCUCAGAGGUUGCAUAGGCACGUUUGAACCCUACCCGCUCGCACAAGGGCUCGCCGAAUAUGCCAGCAUCUCGGCAUUCAAGGACCGUCGCUUUUCCCCCAUCUCGCAGUCGGAACUUUCUCGGCUCGAAUGCGGCGUCUCGCUGCUCACUGGGUUCGAGGAGUGCGACGACUACCUCGACUGGGAGGUGGGCGUGCACGGCAUCUACAUCCAUCUGCCCAACCCUGCAACAGCUCUCAAGAUGGCAGAAGACAGUGCCAGCUCUUCGAGUGGUUCUGGUGCCAGCACGCCGGCCCCUGCCUCCAAAAAGUCUCGUUUUGGAGGUCCGAACGUGUUGACCGCUACCUACCUGCCAGACGUGAUUCCCGAUCAGGGUUGGACGAAAGAAGAGGCCAUCGAUUCGGCGAUUCGCAAAGCAGGGUACAAUGGCAGGAUCACGAGCGAUAUAAGGAGGUCGUUGAGGGUCAGGCGCUAUAGAUCCGAGAAGGUGCAGUGCACGUAUGACGAGUACGUCGAGUGGAAGCAGGCUCGUUCUUGA